AUCAUCACACCACACCCCAAAAUAUCAUCUCCUCGCAAGGGCACAACAUUCGGCAAAAGACUCAACCACACACAGUCGCCCCAAUCUUGCACAGAACCAGAAGCAACCAAAGUCGAUCCCACUGCUUGAGCUUCAACUUCAGCUCGAGCAUCUUGGUUGGUUCUUGAUUAUUUUGCCGUUGCAUCUGUCGUCAAAAUGGCCGCGACAUCAAUCUCCGCGGCAAACUUGAAAGGCGGGUUCGGGUCUUCGUUCCAAGGGAGCUGGGGGAGUUCGAUCAUGGGUGAGGACCACCAUGCUCUGAUGGCAAAAUCCGCGGUGAGAGUGAAGGUAGCGAGCAAGCCGGCGAGGUGCCAACCGGUGAUGAAGAACGUCAAUGAAGGGAAGGGGCUGUUCGCGCCGAUCGUGGUGGUGACGAGGAACCUCAUCGGUAAGAAGCCGUUCAACCAGCUACGGGGCAAAGCCAUUGCUCUUCACUCGCAGGUGAUCACAGAAUUCUGCAAGUCAAUCGGAGCUGAUGCAAAGCAAAGACAAGGGCUGAUCCGAUUAGCCAAGAAGAACGGAGAGAGGCUGGGGUUCCUUGCCUAAGACGAGUCGAAGAUCGAUCCUCAGCGCAUUUGUUUAUUUCAUGGGACGAAAAUGUUUUGGUCCAAUUAGCAUAUAAAUAUAUAUAUGUCUGGUCCCCCCCACCCACAUACAUUUUAUUCUGGCUUGGUUGCUAGAGUUUCCACGUAAUGUAGUCAUAUACUUUUGUCUCACGAGCUUCCUCAUAGUUAAUUCAGUUCUUAUUCGUAACC